AUGGGAAUUCCUGAAUCGUUAAUUGAUAAACUUAAAUUGGAAUUCAACGCUUUGGCUCCAACUGAAGCCCAAUCAGUCCUCUUUCCUGCCAUCAUGUCACACAAACAUACUAUUUUAAGAGAUAAUACUGGAACUGGAAAAACAUUGGGUCUUGUUCUUGCCAUGUUGACCAAACCUCACCCGUCCGUUUUUUCGUUGCGUCAAACUUCUCGUCCCCACAGUUUCACCAACGCAUUGCAGCAACCCAUUAUCCCAUCUGAGCUUGCUUCGUACAACAAUACAUCUGAUGACAAGGAAUCUCUCUUGAAAAAUGAAACAGAAAGUUUACAGGCUCAAAAACUCCUUUUACGGAAACACAAGUAUCUUACGACACUCAUGAUUGUUCCUACGCGUGAACUUGCUAUUCAAAUCGUUUCAUGGAUGCGCAGACUCACCGCAUCCAUCACUCAAGGCAAUACAGAUGCAGAAGCUUCUAUUUUUCAAUGUGUGAUUGCAGGUGUAGAUGCUUCCGAGCAAGCUGCUCAACUUAAAAGAAUCAAUCCACGGAUUUUAGUCGGAACUCCUCAACGACUUUUUGAGUUGCAUGAGCAAAAAGCUUAUGAUACAUCACGACUGCAAUUGCUUGUUGUAGAUGAAGUGGAUCGGAUUGUUAAUGCUCCAUCAAGAUACGAACCUAUCAAGAAAAAAAUUCAACGUCAAGUGCAUCCCUUGUCUGGUGAAACGCUCAUUGCAAAGAUCUCUGAGCAGCGUAAAGCUAUGCAAGCCACGAUGGAUACUCGAGAAAAACAUAUUUCACAUACAGCUGCUUUGUCAAGAUACCAUCGACCACAGCAUGUCAAGAAAGGAAAAGCAUCCAUGUCUGAAUCUGGAAUUGCCGAGUCAAGUGUUCGAUUUGAUCCAGCACAAGCACGACCACUUCAAAUUAUAAUCUCAUCUGCAACAUCAAACUCUACCAUAAAAAACUAUAUGAUGAAAACUAAAGGUUGGAUGCCUUUUGCUACAAUGUUGGAGAUGAAUACUACUACCAGAAUUCCUGCUACGUUGAAACAUAAGGCAUUUAUAGUUGAUCGGCUUGGUAAUGCUAAUCAGCUUGGAAAUCACAGUCUCAAUACGAAUCUUCAAUCACAGAGAAUACAAAAUCUGGAUCCUAUCACCACAGUUUCCAAUGUGACAACAACCACAAAUUUGUCGCCAGUUUUGCCUUCAUUAAUCCCCAACACUUUUAUCCACAAAGAAAAUACUUUUAAAGAUGUCAAGUUGGAACAAAAAGCACCUUUACAGGAAGUGCUAGCUGACGAUCAUGAUUUGAUGGUUGAAACGGUUGCCGAUUUUAUUCUUCGUGAAAACAUCACCAAAGCGUUUGUUUUUGGUCGUGCGUCAAUGUCGGUUACUAAACUUGUGGAUAGACUGAAAGCUCUGGGAGUCAAAGCGGAUAAAAUGUUCAAUUUAGUCAAUUAUAAAGGUAUAGGUACACCAGGAAUUGAGUUCAACGAUGCGUCAGACAGUGAUUCGCUAGUAGAAUCAGCUAGUGGAUCUGUACCAUUUCAGCGAUUCCAUGAUGGCCAGGUGCAUGUCAUUUGUGCAACCGAAUAUGAAGCGAGGGGAUUGGAUCUACCUGAUGUUAGCCAUGUAUUCAUACUUGGUGUUCCUUCUUCAGAUGCCAAUUAUGUUCAUAUGGCAGGUCGAGCAAGUCGGUUUGGUCGCGAAGGACAUGUUACUACAUUGCUUGGUGGACAGAGGCUCUUGGUGAAGUAUGCCAACAUGAUUAAAAAACUUCACAUUGAGUUGGAUGAAUCGUAG